GCGGCUACGGCAGCUCCUGCUUCUCGGUGGAACUCUCCCUGAAUGUGAGGAGAUUUCUUUGAGAUUCUAUGAAUCACAACAAUAAGAGAAGAAUGUCUUUGGGUGCGGACGCGGUCAAACACCCGCUGCACGAGCAAAUCAUGGAGAUGCAGCGGAAAAUACAACUCCUGGAGGGCGACAGAACUGCAUACUAUGAGAGCUCCCAGUCCAGCAUUAAGAAGAACAGAGAGUCCAUCCAUCAGCUGAGGCAGGACAACAAGAGGCUGCACAGGAAACUGGCAGAGGCCAAAGCUGGUGAUGAACACGUCAUCAAAGUGGCGUUUCAUAACAGAGGCUCGGAGAAACAUGCCUUCCGCAACAUGUCAGGAAAGGAUGCUCAGACCACGCUGGACCAGAAGGUGCUGUCUAAGAUGAAGCAGCUCAACGCCCUCAAACACAGCAGCCAGACGUACCAGCAGCGUCUGGAUGAGCUGAGGACCGAGUACAAGAGGAAGGUGCCGGACGACAGCAGCGGAGCGCAGGCUGCAGACACGCGCACUCAGAGAAAGGAGGAAGACGCCAUGAAACUGCGGGCGCUGGAGAACAGUCUGGAGAAGGCCCAGUUCAAGUGCAAGGAGGCUGAGAACAUCAUGACCAACUAUCUGAAACUCAAAGCUCACCUGCAGGAGGAAAGUCUGAGCUUCCAGGGCCAGUUGGACAGCCUGGAAGCUGAGAUCCUGAAGCACAGAGAGGAGCUUCACGGCCUGCGGGUCAUGAACAACGACGCCCUGAUUUCUAAAGAAGCUGCAAAGGCAGAGUUACAGCAGCAGGAGGAAGUGUUCAACAAGGAGCGGAAAGAGAGGGAGAGUGUGCUGGCCAGCUACAGGAGGAGAGUGGAGGAGCACAAGGCCCAGGCUGAGAAAGUUGACAGAAGGGCUCAGAGAACGGCCAUGCAGCCAGACGAACUGAGCAGCGAGGUCCAGCGCAGCACCACCAGGAUGACGGGGGAAGAGGAGAAGUCCAUCUCCGUCCUGGAGGAGACCUUUCACCGCGUCAAGGAGGCCACUGGCGUCACAGAUAUACAGGAGAUAGUGCAGUGCUUUGUCGCACAAAAGGAGACACACCAACAUCUGGAGAAGCUGAAAGCAGAGAAUGAGGAAGUCCUGCAGCAGCUGAAGGAGCAGAAGGAGCUCCUGCACCAGCAGUUCCAGGAUAUGAAAUAUUCCGGGGAGAACAAACUGUCCAGUAACGAGCAGACGCUGGAGGAGUGCGAGCAGCGACUGCACGCUCAGAAUCAGAGGUGCGAGGCAGCUAAAGAGAACCUGGACUGGCUGGUUAAAACCCUCAGCACGGUCCGAGCCGGCGUGGAGCACCUGGCGGACAAACUCCAACACAUCGCACUGAGUGAGGACACCGUGGCCGAGUCUUCUCCGGACUCUCAUGACUUUGUGCUGGAGCUGAUGACCCAGUGUGAGAUGAAGUUGCAGUCGCUGCAGGAGGAGCUGAAGGGAAACGACCUGGCUGGCAUCAUGAAGGAGAUGGAGGAGGAGGAGUUUUCCGUCAGGAUCGAGGGGAAACUGCCGGAUUACAACACCAGAGUCAUCCAUCCCGACGACCCGAGACUGGACCUGCUGGACAACGAGGACGAGAGCGAAGAGGACGACGCUGACCUCGUCAGCCGGGAGGCACUGAAGCGUCAGUCUCAGCUCAUCAUCGACUCCAAGUCCAAGAAGAAGCCGUGGAAGAAGAGGAAGGGCAAGUUCUGAUCCAGCAU